AUGGUUCUUGACCACUACUUGAUAGUUCAAGUAUGGACAUCAGACUUCAUGUCUCCCACGGCUAAGAUCGAGAAAACCAUGGUGUGGAUUUGUUUCCCCGGUUUGAACCUUUUCUAUUAUGAUGAAAGUAUCCUCUUAGCUUAUGCGACAACAGUUGGGAAGCCUGUUAAAGUUGAUAACAACACUAAGGAAGUGCGAAAAGGAUGUUUCGCUAGAGUAUGCGUUGAGAUUAAUUUGACGAAACCAAUGGUUGGAAGAAUAUGGCUGAAGGAUUUUUGGUACAAGGAUGAAUACGGGGGUCUCCAUCGUAUUUGCUUUACUUGUGGAUGCUAUGGGCAUUUUACUCGGGAUCGUUCCUCUCCUCCUAAAACUAGUGACGACACCAACACCAUAGUCGUCAAAGGGGCUUGUGCACAACCCAUAGUACAAUCUCCUAUGAUGGCAACGACCAAUAGCUCCGAUGGUGUAGUUAAUGCGCACAACGAUAAUAAUGGCCUGAAUAUCCUUGGUGAUCCAUCAGUUACAAAACACGAUCUUAUUCAUGAAAUGGAUCAACAAGCAUAA